GUAAAAUGCAGUUCAUAUCUAUAUUUUUAUUACUUUGUUGUAUAUCGUCAGUCUCUGCUAUAAACUGCCGCCAGGAGAAGGAUACCGGUGUCAACUGUGAUAAUAAACCAAUUACAUUGAAAUUUUAUUUUGAUAUGAGAACAAACGUGUGCCAACCUCUUUUCUAUCGAGGAUGUGGAGGAAACGAGAAUCGAUUUGAGAGCAGAGAUGCUUGUAGUGAUGCUUGUGUUCCACAUAAGCCCGGUAAAACAAAGAAACCAGAGAAGAAGGAAGAUGAUGGAGAAGCAGAAACUGACGAUGAUGAGGAAGAUAGUGAAGAAGAAGAAGUUCAAGUUAAUAAGGAUAUGAGCUUAAUUGUGAAUGCCUGUAAACUCCCAACCGACGCAAAAAUAGUCACAAAAGCUCAAAAAUGUGACAAUGGCUGUCCAACAGGCUAUCGUUGUACAAAGAAGAACUUCUGUUGUCCUUAUCCUGAUCAUGUGUGUUCACUUCCAGUUUCUUCUGGAUCAGAACGCCUUGCAUUCAAACAUUAUGGUAGAUAUGCUUAUCAACCGGGACUCAAGAAUUGUAUUCGAUUUUCAUAUUUUGGUCAAGAAGGCAAUUUCAAUAAUUUUUUGACCUACAAUGAUUGCAAAAAGUUUUGUAUGUCUGCCUAAUAAAACCCGUUUUUAUUCAAA